AAGGAAUUGUCCCUGAGGAGCUGUACCCACCUUUGGACCUAAUUUAGAUGACAAGAUCUCUGGACCUGAUUCUUUAAUGGAUGAAACUUUUGGAACCAAGCCACCAUGUUGGGAGGAAGCCCAAGUCACAUUGAAGAGGCUACAUGUGUAGGCUGACCACUCUGAGAUCCUAGCCAACAGCCAGCAUCUACCACCAGAUGUAGAUCAUGGCUGAGAGAUUGUUAAUAAAAGCAUUGUAUGGUGGUAAAAACACUAAGAUUAUUACUUUGAAUGGGAAGAAGAUGAAAAAGAUGCCUUCAGCAUUAGGAAGACUGCCCGGCCUGAGGAUUCUACUACUUCAGAAUAACCUAAUUUCCAAAGUGUGCCCAGAGAUAAGCAUCUUGACCCAGUUGACAGCACUAAAUCUGGGAAACAAUCUUUUAGAAGAAGUUCCAGAAGAGAUGAAAUAUCUUACAACCCUGAAGAAGCUCCAUUUAUUUGGAAACAGAAUCGGUAGAUUUGCACCUGGAGCAUGUGAUGGCUUACAAAAUUUGAUCCUGCUUAAUCUGAACAAAAAUCAGCUUACGUGGCUUCCUCAAGAAGUCAGCAGAUUAAAACGUCUUAAGUAUUUGAGUAUAAAUCAUAACCGGCUAGCCUGCCUUCCUAGAGAACUUUGUUUCCUUAGAAAUCUUUCCGAACUUCAACUUAACCACAAUAAGCUCAUUUGCAUACCCGGAGAGAUUGGGUCCUUAAAGAAGCUCCAGAAGCUUUGUCUGGCCUGUAACGACAUUGAAACUUUGCCAGAGGAAAUUUGUGAACUUAAAAAGCUAAGAAUCCUAGACAUAGCUGGAAAUCUUAUUCAGAUAUUUCCAUUAGGAUUUCAGAAUCUGAAGCUGAGGGAAUUCUACUGUGAGGGAAACCCACUGUUCCUAAAGCAGCCAAUUUUCGCUGCACUCAAGGAGGACGAUGUCUGGAGCCUACAGGAAAUAACAUUACGAUUUAUAAUGAAUGAGCUAGCAGAACAGAAUCCUCUCCUAAUGCAUGCCUUAGAAUGGUACCCAGAGGUCAAGAACAAAAUCGCUCAGGAAAAAUCAUGUGCUGUGUGUGGGAAGCCCUUUAUAACCCCAUGGCUGGAAUGUGUUCGGUUUGUUCGUCCACCGAAGAACUGGAAGAUAAGCAAAAAUCUACAUCUGGUACCUCUCCAAACAUUCACCUGUUGUCACAAAUGUUUUAUUCAUCGUGGCCGUAACCUCUUUGCAAUUGGUCAGGCGUAGGACAGGUGAGAUGCUCGUUGAGAACACCACUCGACUUGCCGGGUCAGCUCUGCACUCAGUCAGUCAGACCCUAUUUAUGACACCAUACUGUGCUCGUUGUCUUUGUCCACACACUACUACUCAAAGGAAGAAAAAUAAUUCAAUUAUAAAGUUUCCAGUUGAAGCACUACAAUCUGCCUUUAGCUCGUUUCGAUUCUGGGUGUGCCAUUUUUUCUUUGGUCUGAAAACAUAAUAAAACAUGGAAAAAUAAAGA